UGAAACAUUUAUCUACAUGGAUUGAUAGCUUCCUUAAUAGAAAUAUUACAAAUGUUUAUGUGUUUGUGCAUAGUUUGAUAUAAUGGGCUUAUUACUGGGUUAACUCUCUCCGACUUUACUGUCGUGUAGCCUAGGUCCGAUCACCGGAAGCGGCAAAUACGGCUACGGGACAUCGACAUGGAUCAGCAAUCUGGAAUUCGGUGUUGAAGAAGGGGAACCUUUGCUGAAGCAAACUUUCCACAGCCGCCGGCUGCUUCAGAGAUCAGAGGGAAGACGAGCCAAGCCCAUGAGAUGAUGUUCUCGUCUGGACCACCUGAUUCAAAAGGGGGUCCACAUGUGCCUAACUCUCCAGGUCCAUGCCCUACCCAGUCACCUACCCCUCUACCCCAUCACCUCCAGGAGCGGGUGGUCGUGGGUUUCAGAGAGUCCUACCAGGGCCAGAGGAACGUGGGCUUUAGGUCUGUCACGUUUCCUCAGCCCAACAGACCAUCAGAGGGUAGAGAAAGACUAGCAGUAAUGGAUUUGGCUCAGAGAAUGGGACAGACCACAACUGUCAUGGGCUCAGCCCACAGUCUGCACCAGGUCUAUGGGAGCUCUGCACCUGGGGACACCAACACAACACAUAGACCAAUGACAGACCUCCAGAGUAUUCAAAAAGAAAGCAUGAAAAGCAGUCCGUGGAUUAACACGAGUCAUGAAGAGAGCUUGUCAAGAGCUCCCCCCUGGGCCUCCCCCACCACCUACUCUCCUGCCCCUCCUGCUGGUCCCACUGGGGAGCAGCUGGGCGUCCUGGAGCGCUGCCUGGUCGCCCACCAGGCUGAAAUGAAGAACCUACUCUCGGGUGUGCUUGGUUCGCUGUGCCAGCGUCUGGAGGUCGUGGAGCGCAGGGUGGAGGAGCUAUGCCAGCAGGGCACAGCGCACAGCAACAGCCUGGCACAGAUUAGCAGCCAGGUGGAUCAGCUGUGUCAGGGGAUGUCCUCCAUCAUAGCUUCUAAGCAUGGCCUGGAACUUUCACCUGCACAUGGCUUGGCAAAGGAGCCAAAAAUAUUGAAAGAAGAGAAGAUGGAAUUUACCAAGAUUUUACCUCACAGUCCAAAUCCUCCAUGUGGAGUAGCGCCUUCGGAAUCAGACAUGGACAAGGGGAGUAUCACUAUGUGUCCCUGGAAAAGGACCUCAUUGACAGCCAAUGCCAGUCCAGACAUGAGGAUGGACAGCCAGGGACAACAUGGGUUGAAAGGAACAGCCAGGGUCUCUGGAUCCGGACAACCAUCCCAGGUGGGGGGUGCUUCACAGACGGGCAGGCCCAGGAGCUACUCCCCCGUCUCAGACUCUGAUGACCUAGACAUGGAGCUUGCCGCUGAGAAGGGUCGUGAUGCCCUCACCUGGUUGGUCAACUCUGCUUUAGCGGACACCGAGUCAAGCGAUAGCCAGGACACGCCUCUUCCUUCCUUGACGGGCCAACCAGUGGAAGCCCAGGGGAGCAGGGCACUAACGAAAGGACUUGAGCCGCAGCCACACCCACACUCUUCCCAUUCAGACUCACACACCCACUCACGUUUGACAUCUGCCUCACUUGGUGUUCCCAAGUGCCCAGUCAUGACCAGUAGUAAGACCACUUGCGUGCUUCCUGGGGUCCCGUUGAUCCCCAUAGGGGCUUGUUCACAUUCCGUUACCUCGCUAGGAGGGAGCAGGCCUGGGCAGGCGUUUGGAGUGUGUCUCCCACUAUCAGAGAUAGCUAGUCCACCCCGGAGUCACUACCAGCCAGGCAUUAAUAGUCCACCCUGCAGUCUCUAUCAGCCACUCAUCACUAGCCCAACCCACACUCAAACCCUGCGAGGCAUCGCUAGUCCACCUCAUACUCACCAUAAGCCAGGCAUUACUAAUUCACCCCGGACUCAAAUCCUGCCAGCCAUCACUAGUCCAUCCCGCACUCACUGUCAGCCAAGGAUUACAAGUCCACCUUGCACUCAAAUCCUGUCAGGCAUCACUAGUCCACCCCAGACUUACCACACGUUCUCCCAUUCCGUUCGGGAGGAGGAGAAACAGAAGGUGGAGAGAAGGAAGAAGGGGAAGAGAAGGGAAGAGAAGCCCUUCUGCAGUGUUGAAGUCCCCCCCUCAGCCACAGGGUCUAUUCAGGGCAACCACCACCCCAUCCAUAUCCAGGAAUGGCUGGCAGGUGCUGGGGCCCGCACCCAGGUGGCAAAGGAGAGGCAGCACCACAACUUCAUAGAGAGUAUGAAGGUCUCCUGUGGUGGAGGGGGAAUGCCAGGAUCUGGUGAUUCAGGCACAGGCUCCCUCUGCCUGACCCUGCACAGACAGCAGUCUCCAUCCUCCUCACGCUGCCAGAUGUCUGCAGAGCAAGGCUCGUAUGCCCAGUGUUCCCACCAGGGUGCGUCCAGGGGAGGGGACUCUCAGAGUGGGCAAGGAGUCUCUGACCGACCCCACUUGCCCUUCCACUCUGCCAGGGUUUCCUUUGACGGGCUCCCUGUGGCGUCCAAGCUCCCCUCCCCGCGGAACGGCUCCUCCAAAGCUCUGCUGGUCGACGUCCGUUCGUCGUGUGACGAUGGCCACGCGUCCUUACUGCUCCAGCUAGCGGACACAGCCAGCCAGAUGAUGUCCAGCAGCCCCAGCCUCAGCCCUGAGCUCCCCCUGCUCCGGGACAAACACUCGGGCCCUGCCAACCUCCCACGCUGCCUCAACUCCAAGCUCCAGCGCCACCGGGAAAAGGAGCACUCCUCGUCCAGGAGGCGAGCUCUAAAGGGGGGUAGCCAGGGAGGCCCCCCCCCCCUGCCAGAGCUGGAGACCCAAGGGUCCCACCACUGGCAGCCCCUGGUGAUGCUGGGGAGCCCUCUAUUGCCCCUCUCCCCCCUGCAGCUCAGCCCCACGGCUCUUUCCCCUCACAGUACCAGCAGCCCACCCCUGCACAAGCCGCUAGGCAGGGCUGGAGACGGUUAUCUAACAACCACCUCCACUUUGCAGCAGAGCCUGUCAUGCCUGCUCCCCGUCUCCACCCCCUUCCCCUCCCAGGGAGGGUUCUCCUCCCAGGCCGGCCUCUCCACGGCGCUCGCUAUCUCGUCUCCCACCUCUUUCCGCCUCUGGUUCAGACACAGGCGACCCGCACCCCUCAUGAGGCUGUCGCCAGUCGCUGUGGAAAUGGUGCUUUGUCAGAUUGUUAUGUCUGAGGUGAAGAACCCCCCGCUCUCCCCCCUUAAGGACUACACUGGCCCCCCAGGACUGGACAAUGACCACAGUUAUGCUCGAGGUGGUGGGAUUGUGGCACUUUGCAGCAGGAACUCCACAUCAAGCACAACCCUGACCUCCCCUCCUACACGCCGGAACCGCAGGGUUCGCCUCGCCGCAGACCGGCCUGCCCCCACUAAUCACGCCCACAGCCCCAAGGCCAUGCGUCUGGACCUCCUCCCACCCGAGCCCGUGCCAAGCUUCGCCCGAGCCAACGUCAAGUACCCGGGGCUGCAUGGACGCGGGGCGGCCAGGGAGGGGGGUCAGUAUGAUGCCAGUGUGGGGGCCCAGCCAGGCCAGCGCUCUAAGAGAGUGUCCCAGAUCCGCAUAAGGAAGGCCGUCCCCAAACCUGACAACAACCUCACGCCAAUGGGCCUGCCCAAGCCAAAGAGACUGAAGAAGAAGGAGUUCAGCCUGGAGGAGAUCUACACCAAUAAAAACUACAAAUCCCCUACUCCCAACAGGAGCCUGGAGACCAUCUUCGAGGAGCCCAAGGAGAAGAACGGCUCUCUGGUCUGCAUCGGCCACCAGAAGAGGAAGAGGAUACUGGAUUUCCCCGAUUUCACCCUGCCACGUAAACGCAAGGCGCGGACCAACUUGCCCCCCCUGCGCGGCCCCCGAGGACGUGCCCGGAGGGGGCGCGGGGACGAAGUGGACCUGGACGUCAUGCUGAUCGAGAGACUGAGCGAGCUGGAGGACUUCUUCUCCAGGGAGGGCCUGGAGGACUGAGGAUUCCCACAAUGCUUUGCUGCCCCCACUUCAUAAACCAGACACAGAUCAAGACACAACAGGGCCAUGGUUGAGUCUCCUCACUGUCAGUUGAGUUAGUGUACCUGAAUUAUUUAAAAAAAAGAAUUUAGAUAGGACUGGUAUGAUAGAACUGGAUGGUGUUGAGUACUAAUUCUGAAGCACUUGGAAUGCCUAGCUAUUCCUAUCCGUGUGAGGAUGUUUAAGUUCUCUGUGCUAGGUAAUAAGAGACCAUACGUGUGCCUUUUUGGAGGAGUUUAGUUAACCAGUCCAACAGAGUAUGCUGUAGAACACAACAUAAACAUAAAAUAUAAACAUAAAACAUAAAAUAGUUAUCACUAGAUUAUUUGUUCUUUAAAGACUAUUUGAGCAUCAGAAGCGAAUAAUUUAUAGCAUUUGUAUAUACUGUACUUUAGGAGUGUUUUCUGACACUCAUGCACAGUCAAGGUACAUGGUCAUGCAUCAUGAGUAGACUUUAACAAGCACAUGGACGUCACCCCAUACCAGAGCACUUUGCUUUUUUACCUCAACCAGAUAUCACCUCCACCUCAUCCAUCACUUCAUCCUCCCGCCUACCUUAUCACCUCAUCAACUGGACACUGACGGGUCAUUUGUACACGUCCGUUUCAGAUUGGCUCAGUGCAGCUUUACCUCCUCUACCCUGCCCCAUCCUCUGUUAGCGUUGACUUCAGACCGGCUGCUAUGGACCCAUCAGUAUGACUAGGAUUGGUUGAGGCUCCUGUCCAUCAAAACCUGGUGUGUGCUGGGAAAGGUUGUGGACUCCCGACUCCUUCAAUGCCUGUAGCAUUGCUCUAUUGACAGUUUUGAAUCACAGUAGUUAAGGGGAGUAUUUUUGCAGUAUUUGUGAAGUUUGUUUAGAUGUUGUUGUUUUUUAUAUACUCUUAGUUUGCACCCUCCUUGUGCUGCCCCAAGCCAUCCUUCAGCCAUCUCUCUCUCUCUCUCAUUAUGUUUUCAUACAGUUCUACGUCAGUGUUUGUUUUCUUUGCUUUUCUAUAUUGUAUCUUUCUAUCCCCAUGUGUGAAGAGGGCAGCCUCUUGGUGUUUAACAACCUGUACCGUGGUCAGCUGAGAUUUCACUGAUCCUCCGGUAAACGAGUGUGGACUUGAGUAACCAUGGAGAUGGUCCUCACGAUGAGCUUUACCACACGUGGAGCGAGAAGUAAAAGGUUCCAUCCUGUGGAUCUG